AUGUAUUCUAUAAUUGUAACGUCGUUGGGUUUCUAUCUGCCAUUUGGCAUGAUAAUAAGCUAUGUGAGGGAGUUCAAUAACUUUACGCCAAAGAAAGCUAAGGCGUUGCUGGACCAAUUGGACAAGAGUUGUGUUACCCAAGAGGAGAAGUUGCAAGUGCAUCGUUCAACCAUACGCUCCAAUAGUAUUUCCUUCGUCUAUAUAAUCAUUUAUGUUUUCUAUCCACUGACUUCAAUUUGCACAGCUAUUAUCAAUGGUGUUGCACCCUGGAAUGUCCAUAAUCCUUUUCUGAACUGGCAUGAUGGUAAAUGGCAGUUGGGGCUAACCGUUGUAAUUGAAUAUUUUGUGGUCUCCAUCAUUACCUACUAUCAUCUUGCGAUCGAUAUGUGCCCGACUCUAUUUGGUAUGAAUAUUCGGCUUCACUUGAAUCUAUUGAAUCAGCGUAUUCAGAAAUUGAGAACGGAUGACACGGAAUCCGAAGAUAAGGACUACGAAAAACUCGUUGGCUGCAUCACUGACCAUAAGAUUAUACUAAAGUAUUGCAACGUCUUGAGACCUCUCAUUUCGCGUUUUAUCUUUGUUCAGUUUAUUAUGGUUGGCAUAAUAUGUGGUCUUUGUUUAACGAAUUUAAUCUUUUUCGCCGACUUGUCUACUAUAUCCUAUAUUUUUGGUUGUAUUUUUCAAACACUUCCCUUUUGUUACAUCUGCAACUUGUUGGAUGACGAUGUAAACGAUCUGACUUUGAGUAUAUUCCAAACAAAUUGGUUUGGUUGUUCCCGUCGUUAUAAGUCCUCUCUGCUGUACUUCAUGCACCAGGCUCAGCUACCAAUUCAUUUUACAGGUGGCACCAUUUUUGAUAUAUCUUUGGCCACUAAAAUAAGCCUGGCGAAAUUUGCAUUCUCGGUGGUUACAAUAGUACAACAAUUCAAUCUGGUUGAGAAAUUGCAAAAAAAAUGA